AUCUCUUCUUGGACGCACCUUACUAUAAUACUCGUCUUCAAGCCCUAAUCUCCUCCGAGCGACGCCGCCUCCGGUGACUUCGAUCACUCGUCCUGGAUCCCGCCGCCGCAGCCUCCGUCCAUAUCUCGUCGUCCUUGUCGCUUGAGAUUUGUCUAGGUUUCAUUGGCUUUGAUGGCAAAUUACUCAGGAAGAGCGUCUUCUAAUGGCUCAGUCUAUGUAUGCAAAUUGCCACCUGGAACUGAUGAGGCUAUGCUGGCUGAGUUUUUUGGCACUAUAGGGUUGCUAAAGAAGGAUAAAAGGACUGGUAGGCCAAAAAUUUGGUUGUACCGGGACAAAGCUACCAAUGAGCCUAAAGGUGAUGCAACAAUUACAUAUGAGGACCCACAUGCAGCUAUGGCUGCUGUUGAAUGGUUCAACAACAAGGACUUUCAUGGAUCCCUUAUUGAGGUACACAUUGCCGAAUCGAAAUCCAAGGAGCCAAUUGAUAAUUCCUAUGCUCAACAACCUGAACUUGGAGCAAAUGCGAGCAUGGAAGCUGAGGAGCAGGAAGAUAUGAAUGAUAGUGCAGGUAGAGGUAGAGGUCGUGGCGAUGCUUUGGGGAAGUCAUGGCAGCAAGACGGAGACUGGAUGUGUCCAAAUACAAGUUGUUCCAAUGUGAAUUUUGCCUUCCGUGGUGUUUGCAACCGGUGUGGAACAGCUCGUCCUUCUGGUGCUGGUGGAACAGGUGGUGGUGCUGGUCGAGGGAGGGGACGAGGUGGUGGUGUUGAUGCUGGGGGACGUGCCCGCCCUGUUGGUGGUCCCACAGGACUCUUUGGUCCCAAUGAUUGGCCUUGUCCAAUGUGUGGAAACAUUAACUGGGCGAAACGCACAAAAUGCAAUAUAUGUAACACCAACAAGCCAGGACAUAAUGAGGGUGGUGUGAGAGGAGGGCGUGCUGGAGGUUACAAAGAACUUGAUGAAGAAGAAAUAGAGGAAACAAAGCGACGGCGAAGAGAAGCUGAGGAGGAUGAUGGAGAAAUGUAUGAUGAAUUUGGCAAUCUUAAGAAGAAAUUUCGUGCUAAAACCCAGCAAGCUGAAGCUGGACAACCGGCUCCUGGAUCUGGUCGUGCUGGUUGGGAGGUUGAGGAAAUAGCAGAUCGACAUGGUGCUGAAAGAACCAAAGACCGGCACAGAGAGCGAGAGAGCAAUAGAAACCGGGAAAGAGAAGGCUCUGAAAGAGAGAGACGCAGGAGCAGAAGCAGGGAAAGAGAGAGGGAGCGUGAGAAGGACAGAGGGAGAGUUUCCGACAGAGAUUACAGCUAUGAAAGAGGCCGUGGGUAUGGUCGAGAACGGCACCGUGACUAGUAGUGGUUUGUGCCGGGGGCUAGGUUUUUGUUUUGUGUGUUGGUUGUGUACUUUGGAGGCAGAUGAUCUAAAACUGUGGCUUGGUUGCUUGUUUGCUAUCUCAGAAUUCAUCCUAUAAUCAACAUGGAUGAAUGCCAAAUGCUUUGCA